ACACAGACACAGACGCACAGAGAGAGAGAGAGACAUACAGAGAGGAAGAGGGAGAGAGACAGAAACACAGAGAGAGAAAGAGAGAGAGAGAGAGAGAGAGAGAGAGAGCUGUAAAACCCCUGACCGAGAGACAGAGACCCACAGAGAGAGGGCGAGACACAGACAGAGACACAGAGAGAGAGAGAGACAUACAGAGAGGAAGAGGGAGAGAGACAGAGACACACAGCGAGAGAGCAAAGAGAGAGAUAGGGAGAGAGAGAAAGAGGGAGGGAGAGAGAGAGGGACAAAGAGAGAGAGAGGGAAAGACAAAAACACAUACAGAGGGAGAAAGAGACUUGAAUAAAAUACAGACUGGAAUAGCAGUGGAUGGUCCAAAAGGUUCAGGAUGGUUCUCUUCCUGUGGUCCCCCCUUCUUCUCUUGGUUACCAUGGUAACAUGCAACAGGCCAGAGCCAGCAGGAGUCAGAAUCCGCAUCACCGAUAAAGGGCUGGAGAUGUUAAAGUACGAGACGCAGAAGUUUGUGGAAGAGGAGCUGAGUAACAUCUCGAUGCCCGAGAUGAAAGGGAAGGAGGGACGGUUCCAGUACACCAUCACAGACAUCAAGGUCAUGGAGCUCAACAUGACGCAGGCCGAGCUCCUCUUCCAGCCAGAGUUGGGUCUCCUGUUCCAAGUGAAGGACUCCUCCAUCACCCUGAGCUUCAAGAGACAGAUCCUCUACUGGUUCUUUUUCGACAAAGGAACGAUCAACGCCUCGGCCGAAGGCGUCGACAUCCACACGGCGCUGAGGUUUGUCCGAGACGACCUGGGUCGGCUGAAGAUCAGCAACAUCACCUGUGAUGCUAACAUCGCCAAGAUGAGAGCCGAGUUCAGUGGCACGCUGGGGAGGGUGUACGACUUCCUGGCCUCCUUCAUCACCACUGGGAUGCGCUACCUGCUGAACAACCAGAUCUGUCCUGCUCUAAACGAUGCUGCCUUUGGUCACAUCAACACCAUGUUGUCCACGAUUCCAGUGAGGAGCGAGGUGGACUACUACGUUGGCAUCGACUACUCCCUCCUCAGUGACCCCGUCUUCACCUCCAGGGGCAUGGACAUGCACUUCAGGGGGAUGUUCUACGAGCUGGCCAAUCAGAACGUGAGCCUGGAGAACACGGCUGUGGCGCCGAUGAUCCAGGAGAACGACCGCAUGGUGUACCUGGCGCUGUCAGAGUUCUUCUUCGACAGCGGCAUGUUCUCCUACUACAAAGCAGGGAUCUUCCAGAUGCACAUCGCCCAUGACAGGAUGUCUAAAGACAUGCUGAUGAUGCUCAGGACCACCUUCUUUGGAACCAUCAUGAUGCUGAAUCCAGCUCUUAUGGAAGCUCCUCUGUCGCUCCAACUGGAGGUCACGGCGCCUCCAAAGACCUCCAUCAGGACCUCCGGGGCAACCGUUGCCGUGACAGCCAUCGUCAAUGUGAUGGUGCUGCCGCCCGGGAAGCCUCCUGUUCAGCUCACCAGCAUGACUAUGGAAGCUAAGUUCAACGCCAAAGUCUCCAUGAAGGGAAAACGGUUGUCUGUCCAAGCCGACCUCCGCAGAUUUAAAAUCUUCUCCAAUCAGUCGGCCCUGGAAUCCAUUGCCUUGAUCCCCCUCCAGGGUCCUCUGAAGACGAUGCUCCAGAUCUCCAUGGUUCCUCUCAUCAACAACUGGACUAAAAGAGGGGUUCGGAUCCCCCUGGCUGAUGGCAUGGACUUUGUGGAGGAGGUGGUGGAGUAUCACAACGGGUACAUCGUGAUAGGAGCCAACCUCCACUUCAGCCGGGGGCUGAGGGACAUGAUCGAGGGCAGCAUCCGUCCUGGGAGCGAGGAGACGCUGUGAACCCCCAAAGACCGACAAGACCUGGACCUCCACAACCCAGGACCUGGACCUACUGACCCAGCAGAGCUAGGACGUGAACCCCCAAGACCAGUAGACCUGGACCGGACCUAGACCCAUUGACCCAGAAGAGCCCAGACCCCCCCCCUAUGACCCCAGCACAGAGACCGGACCUGGACCCCACGACCCAGAAGAGCCCAGACCUGGACCUGGACCUAGCACAGACCAGACCUAGACCCCCACGACCCAGCAAAGCCCGGAUGGGUCAUAAGUUAUAUACAUUGCAUAAGUUACACACAUCACACACAAACUAGUACAAUAAAA